AUGGACACCUUGUAUGACGCAGUGCGAAUGGCUUUCCCCCCAAGAGUCUGUUGGCCUGAGAUCCACAACACUAAACAAAAGGAAGAGGAGUCAGCUGCAGACUACCGUGUCCGCAUGGAAGCUGUUUUUGCAGUUAACUCUGGCAUCGACCCCGACAAUGACGCAUACUCCGACCUGCUAAAGAUUGCUUUGCCCUCUAGGUCUUCCAAAAAAAUUCACAACUUUGGGAAGAGGUCCAACUCCAUCAAGAGGAAUCCCAAUGCCCCAGUGGUUAAAAGCAACUGGCUUUACAAACAGGACAGCACAGGCAUGAAGCUGUGGAAGAAGAGGUGGUUUGUUCUGUCCGACAUGUGCCUCUUCUACUACCGUGAUGAGAAAGAGGAUAGCAUCCUGGGAAGUAUCCUGCUUCCCAGCUUCCACAUCUCCAUGUUGUCGGUGGAUGACCACAUCAGCAGGAAAUACGCCUUCAAGGCCACUCACCCCAACAUGCGGACCUAUUAUUUCUGCACUGACACAGCCAAAGAGAUGGAGUCCUGGAUGAAAGUUAUGACGGAUGCUGCCCUCGUUCACACUGAACCUGUCAGAAGACUGGACAAGUUGAAAGUGGACCAACGGACACCUCAGGAGUUGAACAACUUACUGAACCACAGAGUCCUGACCCGGCCCGAGAUCCAGAACAAUGAACGCAACCGUGAGCCAGUGCGACAACACUCCCUAUCUCGGGCUGACGACAAACGACAAAAAGACGUAGAGACGCACAAUGGCCAGAGGGAGCGUGAGUACUACACCUUACAGAGAGACGGGGAGAGGUUCUCCUUGAAGAAAGACGGCGUCAGCUACAUGCUUCAGAAGGACGGAGAGAGGUAUCUCCUCCACAAGGAUGGAGAGAAGUACCUGUUGCGAAAAGAUGGGGAGAAAUCCUUGCUGCAGAAAGACGGAGAGGUGUGCACCAUUCACAGGGAUCUGAAGAAGUACGCUGUGCAGAAAGUAGACGAAAAGUAUACAGUGACGCCAGCAGAAGACAAAUACGCUCCAUCUAACAAUGGAGAGAAGUACCUGCUCGCGAAGGAUGGAGAAAAAUAUGCACUGCAGAAAGUAGGAGACAGGCACACACUCCAGAAAGAUGGACAGAAAUAUGUGCCUCAAAAGGCAGUGAAGAGACAGCUGUCGUUAAAGGAGACAGAGAGGUACGGCACAAUGAGGGAGACGGAGAAUAAAUAUGGUACCAUACAAGUUGUGGACAAAUUCGGCACUCUGAAGGAAGUGAAGAAAUACAGUACGCUACGAGAAGGGGAUAAAUAUGCUGUUCUAAAAGACACAGAGAAAUAUGCUACGGUCCGUGGUGGGGAUAAAUAUGGCUUCCAGGCAGACCCACGUGCAGAAAGGUCUCUGACUAAAAUCAGCAGCAUUAAGCUGCAGCCGGCUCAGGCUGCCGCCAUCGCAGCCGCAGUGUCUGCCUCUCGCCAGGGCCAGGCCAACCUCAGUGUCCAAAAGCCUGUUCAGGUCAACAGCUCGGGGUCCGUGGCAGGGGAGCAGACAGGGGACUGCGGCCUGGCAGAGGUGGACAGCAGCCUGGGUGGGGGUCAAGGAAAGUCCCCUGUUCCAGGCCAGGAGCCAGAGAGGGGCCUGUCCAGGACCAACUCCAUGCAGCAGCUGGAGCACUGGGUCCGCACACACAGAACGAGAGGACUGGACGAUGACACCAGGAGUGUUACAUCUUACCAGACCUUACCCAGGAACAUGCCCAGCCACCGCGCUCAGAUUGUGCCCCGCUACCCAGAGGGCUAUCGCACACUGCCCCGCAACAGCGUGAUGAGGCCAGACAGCAUUUGCAGUGUGGCGGGCUCCGUUUAUGAUCGGGCCCUCCGUCCCACCACCACCACCGUCAACACAGCGGAGAAGAGGAGGUCGAUGAGGGACGACACCAUGUGGCAGCUGUAUGAAUGGCAGCAGAGGCAGGCCUUCUCUCGACAGAGUCUGGCUCAGCCAACUGCUGUGGGUCAUUAUGGCACCUUGCCCAGCACAAAGACCAUGGGCAACAUCUCUGAACAUGUUGUGGCACACUCCAUCCCCACCUCACCGUCUCACGGCUCCCUGGCUCUCUACAGCACCUUCUCCCCUCCUCGCCAACAGGUCACUCACAACCCCAGCAUCUCCCACUCUGAGGUGUCCUCACCGGUAUUCAGGGGGGACGUGACGCUGGACCACCGGCACAGGACACACCUCGCCAAGUAUGGUUAUCCACCUGACCGGCGAUCCAUCGCAGCCGGUGUCCCUCCUCAGACCAUCACCCAGCAGUCCCUGCAAGGCAAGACACCUGAGGAGCUGACCCUGCUGCUGAUCAAGCUCCGCCGGCAGCAGGCGGAGCUCAACAGCCUGCGGGAACAUACAGUAGCUCAGCUAAUGGCCCUGGGUAUUGAGGGGCCCAACGCUAAGACUGAUGUUCUUUCCCAUCACCUCCAGAGGAACCUUAUUUACCUGGACAACCAGACGAAGGAGAAUGAGCCUCUUAUCUUCAUGAUUCACACUAUGAUCGAGAACUCUGCACCGAGGCCUCAACUCUACCAGCAAAUCAGCCCAGACGAACACAAAGAUAGCUCCUUCAUCCAGCGCACAGAGGAGGCCGACAUAGACACCAAGCUGAGCAGACUGUGUGAGCAGGACAAGGCGGUGAGGAUGCAGGAGGAGAAACUGCAGCAGCUACACAGAGAGAAGCACACUCUCGAGACAGCCCUGCUGUCUGCCAGUCAGGAGCUGAGUGAACAGAGCGGCUCGAGCGGUGCAGCCAAUCAGAGCCUGGUCCAGCAGAGAGACGUGCUGCAGAACGGCCUGCUCAGCACCUGCAGAGAGCUGGCCAGAGUCAACACUGAGUUGGAGCGCUCCUGGAGGGAGUACGACAGGUUGGGGGCAGAUGUCACUCUGGCCAAGUCCAACCUGCUGGAGCAGUUGGAGGCCCUGGGCAGCCCUCAGACAGAGCCUCCAAGCCAGCGGCACAUCCAGAUCCAGAAGGAGCUGUGGAGGAUUCAGGAUGUGAUGGAGGCUUUGGCCAAAAAUAAACCACAGCGGAGCACAGACAACACAGCUUUUCCUGAUUCCAAACCACUUUCCAGUCUCCAGAAGAAUGAGGCAGUGACGCUUUUGCCGCUCAGUCCUCUCAAGGAGGGUGACAGCGUGCCCCCUCGCCCGCCCCUCCCCCAGUACUAUGACUCAUCAGAUCGCCCCCUCCACGUGCCCCCCCACUACCCACACCCCGGUGGCCGCCUGCCGUCCCACACGCACCGCCCAGAGGAUCGUAAAGCCGGCUCCAGGAAUGGAGCGCACAGCCAAGCUCCAGACUACAGGUUGUAUAAGAGCGAGCCUGAGCUGACCACAGUGAAGGAGGAAGUGGACGAGGCCACCAGUGAGGAAAAGGACAAGACAGAGACCUCUGCUGAGAGUAAAGACACUGCAGCCCUGAAAGUGCCCCCCUAUCCAGUGGGCAUUGUUCCUCCCAGGACAAAAUCUCCCAUGAGCCCUCCCGAGUCCACCACCAUCGCCUCCUAUGUCACCCUGAGGAAGACCAAGAAGCCUGAAUCUAGAUCAGAGCGUCCCAGGAGUGCAGUGGAUCAGACGUGGUUUGGGGAGCGAGAGGUGGGCAGAGCCAGGAUGAGUGUGGAGGAGCAGUUGGAGAGGAUGAGGAGAAACCAGCAGGCUUCAUCACUCAGGGAGAAGAAGAGAGAAAUACCAUCCCGCUCACCGUCCUUUAGCAAAGACUGCCCUUUUGUUAUCCCUCAGAGUCGGGUCCAGGCGGAGGGGGCCUGUGCAGACCCUGUGGAGCUAGAGGCGGCUUUGCGGCAGCUGAAGGAGGCUCACAUGGAGCAGAGCAGCACAGCUGAACCUGCACCACAGAAAGUGCAGAGAGCUGAGGAGUGUGUGGAAGUGCAGCAGGAAAGGGAUGUGGCCCUGCAGAGUGUACACCAUGAGCUGUGUGAAAGCAAUAGGGUGGUGAUUCUGGACCUGGGUAUGGAGCCUCAGCAUGUGGAGAUUGUAAACCUUCAGCCUUUUGAGGAUGACGAAAGCAGAGAGCAAGAACUGACAAGCUCGCCAACGAACACUACCACCGAAAACAGCUUCCAAACUCCUGAGCCUGAGACGCCGAGCCCAGAGCCUAGGGAGGAAGAAUCGGAAAUGACACAGCAAAUCACCAGAGAGGAGAGGCUAGAGAAUAGCUUAGAUUCUCCUAACCAGCAAACAGCAGACGACAAGAAACACAACAACAACAACAACAACAUGUUGGCGUCGCAGACGUUUACCUUGGUGAGCAGCGACACGUGAGUGACGCCGGCAUCCACACUGGCGUCCCAUAAAGCCCAAAUGUAGCCAGCCUGCACAGAGCAUGCUCCACGGCUUCCUGCGUUUACAACAGAACUACUUUGAUACUACUGUUACAUGCCCACAAGGAGACUGAGACAGAGGAUGACAGCCCUGCUAACAGACUGAGAGAAAGGCAGAUUGACUGGAACUUAAGAUCCUGUUAGAUCUCCCUGAGCAAAGCACUAAUUCUGUGGAGUCAUAUCUGUCCCAAAAUGUUUCUGCACAAAAUUAAGAUUGUGAAAUGGUUUAGUCAUUAAAAACGUAGAUAUGUCUGUUUUAGCUGAAAUAUACCUGCUGAAUAGCAGAAAUGUUCUUUGGAGUCUUGAGAGUUAUAAACUAUGUCUGCCUCUACAGUGGGGGAAAUAAGUAUUUGACCCCUUGCUGAUUUUGCAGGUUUGCCCACUUACAAAGAAUGCAACGAUCUAU